AUGGCUGAUCAAGAUAUUAGAGUCAAUGAGGAAGGUAUUGAAGAUAUUGAAACUUUGCUUGGAAUGGUGGUGCAUAGUGAGGAUGAAGCAUAUAAGUUGUACAAUGACUAUGCCAUUCGAAUUGGGUUCAGUGUUCGGAAAGAAAAAAUCAGAUAUGCAAAAAAUGUUGUUACUCACUUCAAUCCUACUCAUAAUCAUGAGCUUGCAAAGCCAGAAGAAAGGCCAUUUCUAAGGUCGAAUCGAAAAAUAACUGAUGCUCAAUUAGGUGUUAUAAAAACUUUCAAGGAAGCGGGUAUAAGAACAAUAAGUGCAUAUUCCUAUUUAGUUGAGGAAGCUGGAGGGUUUGAAAAUGUUGGAUUUAUAAAACGAGAUUGCUAUAAUGUGGUGAACAAGCAGAAGUUAAUCAAUGUUGAGGCUGGAGAUGCUCAAAGUUUAGUAAACCACUUUAAACAGAAGCAAGCAGAAGAUCCUAUGUUUUUUUAUGCAAUUCAAGUUGAUCAAGAAAAUCAAAUGACAAAUUUUUUUUGGGGAGAUGGUAGAUCAAGGAUUGAUUAUAACUCUUUUGGGGAUGUUAUAUGUUUUGACACAUAUUGA